GAGUUACAAUUAGUAAAGUUUGGGUUUGUGGAAUAUGUGGUCAAGGAGUCAUUAAUAUUUAUUUUACCAGUUUGUGAUACAAUAUACGUGAACCCUUGUGUGAGCGGCGGUUAAGUAGCAUCCCAUGGAUUAUAGUGAGUGCGGGAGUUGAGUGUAGUGCUUAAAUUACGUCAUAAAUCUAGUGAAGAUGACAUAUUGAGUCCGGCGGUGACGGAACAUGGCGUCGCUAUGUACACGGAUAUCGAUAUAAACUCACGAUAACGUUCCACUGUGAGCUCAGUAUGAGUGGAGACGGAGGGGAGGAGGACCAAGUGGUGAAAGUGGAGGCCACAACUCCUGCUGCUACCAGUACAUCUACAGCCACUGUCACCACUGUGACCAAUGGUACCUCCAGCACAAGAGCAUCAACGCCUCCAACAGAUGCUGUGACCCCAUUAACGCCACCACCCUCAUGUGCUGCAUCAACUCCAAGCACCAACAAUAAUGAUACGCCAACAUCGGCAUCAGCAACGCCAACUUGUGCCCAGCCAACAGCAGUAGGAACAACUACAGCUGCUGCUAGUAUUGCCACAACAACUACUACCAUAGCAACAGCAGUAAUUAACAAGGAAAAAGCAGAGGAGGAGGAAGUGGAAGAAGAGAACACUGCAGAUGAACCAAGUAGCGCUCCAGAACAAGUCCACAUCUCUACAGAGCAGUUAGCACUUUUAUCAAAGGAGGAGCUGGUAGAAAAAUGGUUACAGCAAGAUAAAUUUGUGGAGAGUAUACAGAGCAGAAUGGAAGCAAUGGAAAGAGAAGUGGAAGAGCUACGAGGAGCUCGAGAAAAUGAGGAGCGAUUGAAAGGGCAGCUUGCAGAAUUGCAACGCAAAGAACAGUACCAUAUUAUGAGACUCUCCUGUAAGGAGCAUGAACUACAGGAUAUGGGGGUGCAGGUACAGGAGCUGAAGAGCAUGUCUGCUGGUGUUGGUGGCUUCAAACACUGCUUGCUGGACCCGGCCGUCAAUUUGCUGUUUGAGAGGCUCAAACGUGACCUGGACUCAGCACGCACCAAGAUGGAGGAGACCCAGAAUGAACUAUCAGCUUGGAAGUUCACCCCCGAUAGUAAUACUGGAAAACAAUUGAUGGCCAAAUGCCGCUUGCUGAUUAAGGAGAAUGAGGAACUUGGUCGCAUGAUAACGUCUGGACGACUGGCCAAGUUGGAAGGUGAACUGGCUCUUCAACGGAACUUCAGUGAGGAGCUUAAGAAAUCUCAAUCAGAAUUGGACGAGUUCUUGCUGGAGAUGGAUGAAGAUACAGAGGGUAUGCAGGGGACCAUUUACUACCUCCAGCAGCAGCUACGACAAGCUAAGGAGCGCAUUACUCAACUGAAUGCUCAGUUAGCACUCACUCAGACUCCAGACACACAACCAACUGAUGACAGUAGUGCCCAGGUUAUUUCAGAUGUAGGCAGUGAACUAAAUAAUGAGGCAGAACAGACAGAAGAAACGACAUUGGUGCCUCAGCCAAAUGGAGACGCUUCACAUGAUGAGCCUCAAAUAAAUAGUGAAUCCUCAGAUUUAGACACUACAGCAGCAACUCCACUAACCAAUGGUCGCAAACGGACGCAGAGUGAAAUUGAGGAAGGGGCAGAAUUAACUGAGGGGGUUACGGACACUGGAGAGAUUAUUAGUGGGGCUGAGGGUGUACCACCACCACAGAAACGGACCAGAACUGAUGGUGAGGAGGAGAUUGUAGGAGGAGAGGAGAGUACAGUACCGGUAGUGGAGAAUGGUGUAUUAGAAUCAGAGUAGGAUAUGCAGGUGGCAUUGCUUGCAUUGUUCUCUUGUAGGGAAUUGGUGGAGUGUGUAAGUUCACCAAAGGAAGACAGGGCUCCCAGCAGGAGCUCUUGCUCAUGACCUGUGUGGUAAGUCAUGCUGGCUCACUGUAGUCUGCCUCCCAGGCCCAGUGGUCUUUAAUGUGCACCACAGUUACUGUCCAAAUUUUGUACAGACAAGUCUCAUUUUUGUAUAGGUAAUUCUAAUUAAAUAUCUGGUGGCAAAAACAUUCAUAGGCAUUCUUGGUCUCUUGAAUUACCUUGGCAGCCAUGUUGUACACUAUAGGCUGCUAUGGGGCCAGAUCUCUAUAUUUGAAAUUCAUACACACUGCAGACAAUAAUAUUGAGGGUUCAGCUGUUAACUAGUGUGCCCAGUCUUUAUCUUCCUCCACAACACAUUUCACAUCCUCAUGUAGAUAAAGUCCCACACAAUAUUCAUGCCUUUCAAGUUUUAAAGAUGUUCCACUCAAUGCUAUGCAGAAUGUUAUGUAAUAAAAGCAUAAUUUUCUUCACCUUUUCCAUAGUUUCAUGUCAGGUCCCACUAAUUUUAAUGUGCUAUAAAUUUUUCAGUCAGAAACAAGUGCUUUGUGGAUUCGAUAUCAUAGGCCAUGAUCCUAUAUGUUGCUUAUUCCAUUUUUUUUUUUUUUGUAAUUUCAAAUAGAAUACAUCACUAGCUUGAUGCCUUUAUCAUCUGUGAUUAUCUGUUACUCCAUAUCCAGCUGAUCCAUGUCAUUUACAGCAGGCUAGAAGUAUAUUACUACUUGAUGUCUAAAAGUCCUCACAAUUUAAUUUCUUGUGCUAGAAAAAGCUUCACUGAGUAAAAUGACUAUAUUUCCUCCGUCCUAUACGGUACAGCCAAUUGCAAGAUAACUGUAGAGUAAAUAGGUAUGAUCUUGAUGGGGGAAGUAGAGAGGAGUUGGGACAUUUACUGAUACAGCUGGGCCUCUCAUCCUCUUGACGAGAUUGUCUAUCAUAAACACCUUUUAAUUCCCAGUAAUGUGUUGAUAAAGAGUCAUUUAAGAUGCACAUGUCUGGUUCCAGCAUCAGAACCAUUUGUUCCCAAUAUCAAUGUCAAAGCUGUUUAGUUAAAUUAUGAGGUUCACAAUUCUUGAUGUUGAGAUUUUUAUUUUAAUUCUACCACAGGGUAUAUAAAUACUUCUAAUUUUGCUCUGCUGAUAUUUGAUGUACAGUUUGGGAAAGAAUGCAGGCUGAAUGAGUUUGCUGAAUAUAUUCUUAUUAUAAUAAAUAUGUGCUUGGUUUUCUAGGUUUAUUGUUUUUUAUAUUUAUAAUUGUUAUAACUAUUAAUGACAGCAUGUACUCAUGAUAUCUGUGGUGCAAGAAUUUUUUUAGUAUGUAAAUUUAGCAAUGAAAAAUACAAGUACAGUACUGUAGAUAUUUUCAAUAUUUGAAAUAUGUAAUUCCAACAUCAUUGAUACUAGCCUUAUCCACUAAUAUUGGUGACUUGCAUAGACUUGGGAAUUGUUUGGUUGUAAAUGCUAAUAUAACUGCAAUAAAUCUCAUAUUCUUAUAAAAAAUAUUUGUAAAAAAUAUUAGACCUUUCGUGUUUAUUUUCAAUUCCAUUUAUUUUUUUAUUAUCUGUAGUAGCAAAUGAUACUAGGGAAGAGUUGUUUGAUCAGGAACUUUCAUCAUGGCUGUGAGGACUGUGUGUGUGUGUGUGUGUGUUCGUGAGGACAUGUUGGUAUGACCCCCUUUCCUUUAUAUUUUUGUUGGUAUGCUCUCAUCCCUUUAUUAUUUAUGUGAAUUCUACUUCAACUUGUACAAAUU